CAGCACCAUGGAUGCUCAGCUCCUCGCACCGCUCACGCAACUUACCACUCUAUCCCAAUCACUCUUCCUUUCGUUAUCUCAGCAGCCAUCGCAAAAGCAAGUUCCCCCACCUCCCCUAAGCUCAUUCGCAGCCGUCGAUGCUGAGCUGCAAACCGCACUGACAACAGCCGCGGCACAUCAGCGCCGACAGGCACGAAUUGUCGCGUUACAACAGGAGCUAUUGGAGGUGGACGCUCGAUGGCGCGCUGUGUGUGAUGCAUUGGAAGAGGGGAGGAAAGUACUAGAGGAGAUCGUGAGGGAGGGCGACGAGCGUGUUGAAAGCAUAAGAAAGGCGAAGGAGGCCGCGAUCCCUUAUCCUGAACUGCUCGCAUAUGCACAAAGCUUGAGUGCCUUUACGAGCGCGCCGCCAGGCUUGACUAUGCCUGAGCCAGGUGCCGUAGGUCCUGUGCCUUUGUUCUUCCCGCCAUUCCCGAAUGAGGAGAAGAUGCGCCGUGGACGAUUGAAUGUGGAGCGUCCGUUGGGAGGGCUCGGGGAGAACCAUAGCGUAAGAGCACCAGAGCCCUCUCCUCUACCUGUCCAGAAACGCGAGCGACCAGGCGUAAAUCCUUACCGUCAUGAUACGCGCCCACAGCAGGCCGUGUUCGAUCUCGAUCUCGACCUCAAUCCAGAUCUAUGACCUCGAUUGUGCCAUUGGAAGGUCUCUGCCGUAAUGCGGUGCGCCGUUGGGGAGAAGACGAGGAUUGGUUGAGGCGGUAGUCCCCUCACUACGGUACGACCACCAGACGUCGUCUCAAUUGACAGACCGGAAAGCACGCUCUUUUGUGAGGCACAAGACUGCCAACGUAUGUCCUCAACCUAUGGAUAGUUGCAGCAUUUAUAAAGACUGCUGAAAAUACUAUGCUCGUCAUGCCCAAAGACAGACGCUAUGCUGGCCAUAGCGAUUAAUUGCUGACUUUUAACCAUUACCAAUACUUAGGUCACACAUGUAUAUUGUCCGUGCAGCAAGUCUAGCUUGCUUCCCUGCCCCUCAAUGAUAUCAAGUAAUUAAGGCAAUGCCAAU